AUUCUCAUUACUUUAAUUUCACCGGUUAAGCAUUUAUGAGCAUUGAAAUAAGAUUUCCAAACAAAACUUUUCGUUUUUAAUAAAACUGCAACUUAAAGAAUAAAGUGGAAAUUACAAUUUUAGUGAAUUAAUUGUAAGUAGAUAGUUAUAAUUCAUUUAACUUGAGUUAUUUGUAUGCUUCAGUACUGAUAAGCGGAAAAUAAAAAAAAACCAAAAAGUAUAAAAAGAGUGUCACGCACUUUUCUAGAAUAGAAACGCUUACGUAGCGAGUAAACUGGUGGAAUUUAUAAACUAUCUGUUGCCCUACAGUCGUUCAAACACAUUGCAUUUGCUAUCCUUUCAGAAUUUUCAAAAAAUAAAGAUUCUAUUAAGUAGUGAGCCAAUAUGCGUUCCCUUUUACUGGUAAUGGCGUUUGCCUUUGUACUAAUUCAUAGCAGCAUAGCUUUGAAGGAAGACGAAUGUGAAGUUUGUGUGAAGACAGUCAAACGUUUUGCUGAUACAUUGAAUGAUGACAUAAAGAAGGAUCAUAAAAAAAUUGAAGCUGAAUUCAAAAGUUUCUGCAAAAAGCAAAAGAAUAAGGAGCACAGAUUUUGUUACUAUCUGGGUGGUCUGGAAGAAUCAGCGACUGGCAUUUUGAAUGAACUCAGCAAGCCAUUGAGCUGGUCCAUGCCUGCCGAUAAGAUCUGUGAGAAACUUAAGAAGAAGGAUGCUCAGAUCUGUGAUUUACGUUAUGAAAAACAAAUUGACUUGAACAAUGUUGAUCUGAAAAAAUUGAAGGUUCGUGACCUGAAGAAAAUUCUCAACGACUGGGAUGAAGGCUGCGAAGGUUGCAUUGAAAAAACUGACUUUAUCAAGAGAAUAGAAGAACUGAAACCAAAAUAUGCGCACAAUGAGUUAUAAAAAACAAUGCCUGAUUACCAAUUUAAUUUAUAUGCGAAUACUUAAUUCUACUCACAUGAAUAUUUGUCAUUAUUUCAAUGCUUUUCAAUUUUUUUUUAGAAGAAUUUAGUACAAAAAUCUAUGAUUUUUGCUUUAUAAGAGUUGAUAAUGUGAAAAGAAGUAUAUAUCUGUAGACAGUAUAUGAAAUAAAACACAGAAACCAACUUAA